CUACCUGGGGCAAUUUGGGCAUUAGUGUUCUAAGCUUCUUAGAUUUCCUGUUAAGCAGGGUUGACCAGUGUACUGUAGGGCCCAGGUGCAUGACCCCCCCACCAGGAAAUUACCUCCUGUCUGCUUCACUUCUGUCAUAUCAAACAAAACAAUGCAUGUGGCUACUAGAUAAGAUAAAUAAUGUUGGUACCAAAAUCUGGGAGAUAUUUUCACCAAAAGUGAAAAUUUGAGCUGAGAGCUUAAUCCUGACAUUUUCAUAUGGUACUCACUGAGCUACAAAGAAGCAUGUUUUUAUAAUGAACUUCAAGUGAGAGAAAUUGAGGGCUUAGAAACAAACCAGUUUGACUGUUUUCAGCAAAAAACAACAACAACAACAAAACAUUAGAGUAAAUAAGAAAUAAAGCCUUAAAGACACUUCUUUGUUAGUCCACUUCAGUUGCCUUCAGUUUAUUGUAUUUAUCGUUAAACCAGUCAAGGGAAACUUUGAACUCCAUGCAGGGUCACAAACAUAUUUAAAAUGUGUGUAUUUGUGUGUACAAUGUGGAGGUUUUGUAUUGUUCUGGGUAACUUGGUAACCAGAGUUUUACUCAGAGCAUGGUGCACUUUAAAGCUACAAGUUGGACAGAGGAGUUUAAGACAUUACAGUGUGUUUGAAAAGCUCACACGCCAACAACUGGUAAGCUAUUUUUGAAAAAAGACUUCUACUUAGAUCCUCGGGUAACAUUGUCGUUUGAUAUUGAUGCCAAAUAAUUUUCACAUCAGCAGUGUGGAUUCCUACGUUUCUUUUUUUUUUUCAGUGAUCCAUGCCUGUUUUCUCUAAAGGUUACCUCAAUAGUGGAUCUUCCAUGAGAUCUAAGUGCAAAGACCUUCAUCAAUCAAGCACUCUGCCCUCUGUUCCGGAUGCACUCUUAUUACCUGUUGCUGUCAGAAAGGCAGGGGAUGAAGUCAAAACCGAGCCCCGGAGGAGGAAGGCAAUUCAAGACGGCAGCCCAGACCCAGACCCAGACCUAGACCAAGAGGCCAAGGCCCGGCGUCAGGCUCAGCUGGAGCAGCGCCAUCUAGAGGCCUACAGGAACAUGCACCGUCUCCGAGAUGCUCUCCAUCACCGCUAUGCUGCCCUGCUCAAAGACAAAGUCCACUCACAGAGAUUACUGCUGCAGCAGAGAAAUGACACAGCCAGAGCAAAGUCAGAGAAUCAAACUAAGCAGAAACAAAAGAAGUUGGCCUUCUCCAAGCUGCAGCACAAUGACUCAUACCUGAGGUCCCUCCCCAAAACCAGCUAUUACCUGAUCUUUGACCUCCAGAAGCAGUUAGCUGAGCGUGGACAUCUGAAAACCCACCAUGACUUGGAGAACUUUUAUAGGUCAAUCAAAUAUAGCCAUCACCCAUCACAGCUACAUAAAAGUCUGGAGGCUGUCAGGAAAAGGAUGCUGGAAAGCAGAUGUGCAGCUGAUUUGAUGACCCAAUACAAGACAUCAGAAAAACAUCCCUGCACUGCUGAAGAUAGAGGACAUGACAACGACAUUUCUCAUUCCAGGUUUUUAGAGCGAGGGUCUGGUUCAGGGGAGAGUUUGGCGGAGCUGAUCUUCGGUGGCAGCCAGGAAAAGGAUGAAAUUGAGCAAAUGUUUCCCAAGAUUAAAGCCCCCACAUUUGCAACCCUACAGCCUAACUUUAUGAGGAACUUCCAGAGCAAGAUGUCUGAUUUGAUUAUCCCUGAGAUCCCUGAGAAGAGCAGGAAAGCAGAGAUUUACUUGAGACGGCUGAGACAAAUGCAUGAUCUUUGUUUAACCAACAUGGCUUUUUCCCAAAGACUACUGGACAGGGAGACAGACUCACUGUGCUGGCAGGAGGAGCGAAGCGACCAAGAUUUGGUGCUUCCAGGCAUUGACUCGAAACAAAGGAAGACGAGCCAAACCAACCAGCCACCUCUCUGCUCUCCGAAACAGCCAAGAACUGUCCAGAAUGACCGACCUUCAUGUCCCCAACAGCUGAGCAGAAUGACCUCGGCCAGGCACUUUGAGACUCUGGUUUGGGACACAGCAGUGUGCUGCCGUAAAACACCUGAUCCCUUAUCCAUUGAAGAUGUGUGUCAACAAAAGCAUGUAGAGAUAUUUGACCGGGGGUUUACACUAUGGAGAAACUACACAGAAAACACAGAUCACUGAAGAUAUCACCACCACACCAUCUCUUUAUGUGGAAUAUGUGCAAUUAUUAUUGUGUCAAUUACCUGUAAUGUACAUUUUAUGGAUUCAUUAAUGUGUCUCAUCUGUGACAAAUACAUUUUACUACCUUCUUUUACAUUACAACCAUGUGUUUUGUCCCUGUUACACUGGUUAACUACUAUUAUAUACUUUUAUACUGUCAUAACAAUACUACAUAACAACUAUUCUAUAUUAUAUUUUAGUAAUAUUAAAUUAUUUUAAUAUAUCAUAUGUGAUUUUAGUUAUAUAUACAUUAAAGUCCUUAUACAUGUGUAGGGUUUCUGAAAUACAAGUUAAGUUAAACUAUUUGAACUGAGAUAAGAACUGAUGUGUGAUGAUGAUGAUGAAGAUUAACAGCCAGCAGUUUGUUCUUUUAAGUGACACUUCAAAAGUUUGUAAUAAAAUUAUUAUGGGUGAUUAUUA